CUCGAAACUUUUUUUUUUCUCCUUGGGUACCUACCUACUUAUCUCACUACUCCAUAGGUACUCAAGUUACAUUAAGGGAGUACUGAAGCCAACCACAAAUCCAUUACAUCGUCGAUCCCUGUUCUGUCAUCACGUUGGGCAGAACUGCUUGACAGCCAGCCAGUUGGGGCGUCCAGAGCCCGGAUCACGGCCACGGACGGGCCAAGGUACAAUACCGGCGAUUGGGCCGGGGGCUUGCUGCAAGCUGCAUGUCCAUGAGCCUCCGCAUUCGAGCCACGACAGCGACCCAGUCAGACUAGACUGAAAGUGUAUAACCCACAUUAUCUGGCAUCCGCUGGACCAUAACCUGCCGACUCCUUUUUUCUGUUGUUGUUUUGUUUGUUGCUCAAGGAUCCUCGCGGGAAACAGCAAAUGUCUGGUUGGGCAUCUCUUGUCUGCACUGCACUCUAAUAACCAAAAACCGAAUUUCGCCACUGGAGACAUCAGAAGAAGAAGAAAAAAGAACGAGGAUCGACCAAGAAUUUUUGGGGGUUGUUUUGUUAUUGAUUGCUUCUGUUACCCGUCAAUCCCCACGGAGUACAUACCUCGCUCGAUACACCGUCACUGGAAUCCCGAGCUUCCGACAGGUAGUUGAAUGCUGUUGGGAUCCACGCAGCCGAAGCUCAUCUUGUCCAGUAUCCGCAAGUAGCCAGCAGCAGUUGCAGGUGCAGCUACAACAACAACAACAACACUACUGUAUCAGCUCACCUGCCUGCAUAUUCACUCACUCGAGACUGCCCACAUUUUGCUUGCUUGACUUGCCGCCGGCUGUCUAGGUACUGUUGCAUUGCUUUUGCGGCUCUUAUCCCACAGCAAGCACGCAGGACGACGGAGGUCUGUCUCCAAAAUGGACCCUGAUUGUGCGAUAUGCCGGAGGCCAGCCACUGUACGAUGUGAUUGUGAAGCCAAAGGUCUGGAGGAGGCCGUCAGACAGGCCGAGGCUAAGUUGAUGUCGAGGGUGUACGAAGAUAUACGAGAAUGGGUGCGAGGUCGAGCUCAAGACUAUGUCUUGUCAGUCUACCAUAAGCAAGCCGAAAGGCGAAAGCAGGAGCACACAAAGCACAUCGAACGUAUCACGGCACACUCAUACCACCAUUUCCAUCGCCCACCACACCCGAACGAGAUAGUGGCUGCCCAGGCCACCCUCAAGAGGGGCAUCGAUAGUGAUUGGCAGGCCGCCGUCUAUAGAUAUCCUGAAGUUCUCGAGUACUUUUAUGGACUUGUCAACAUCACACUCCCUCGUGACAGCGACCCCGAAGUACGGCAUCCACCCCUUGACUCUCCCUCGAGCCACAAAAGGCUUAGCCGUAGGGGCAGUGGCGGCGGGCCCGGGACCGUGGCAAGUGUCAGCUUCGCUCCGCCGCCCCUCGAGGACGAAAGGAGAACCCCGGGGCCACCAUCGCGGCGACAGUCCUUCAGGCCACCUCCAGGACCACCCCCAGGAGGACCCCCAUCCCCGUAUCACUCACCAUACUACUAAGGAGUCCUCCCGCAGGAAACCAUCUGGAAUGAAUGGCUUCGCGCCAAUGAUUUGAGAUUGAGAAAUUUGUUACAUAAGAUUGUUUAGUUUUUGUUUCUUUUCACACGAAUUUGCCCCACGACACUUUUUUAUUUCACGAAGAACACGACUGUAAUGAGAAAAAAGGAUCUUUGUUUUCAUAAGAGACCAAAUCACAGGCGGCAUACUGGAGACGACAUCCCAUGGAUUUUUUCCCCCUUUGCAUAGCAGUUGGAGAACAGGUAUCUUUUCUCGUCUAAUUUCGUCAUGCAUCCAUCAUCUUUGUUUCCAACGUGAUUCGCGCAAUCACGCCAUCACAUGAACGACGGCUUUGUUGGCCCGUCGCUGGAUUUUUUUUUUCCUUUUUUUUUUGCUGUUUCCGACCAUGUUCACGACCGGCUUCUUUUGUACAUUC